AUGGAAAUCAAAAAGUCCCGUGGUAUUGUAUCGACGCCUUGCCAUGCUGAUGUGGUUGAGGGUGGGUUUCCCAGUGCCCUGUAUCAAAGGUGGGUCAAAAGUAUAGUUGUCUCAAGUGAGCGCAACAUAAGCAGUAGAAAGCAAAAAAAAAUUACAGUGAAGCCUGGUAGAAAUCAACCAAGGUGA